AUGAUUUCGGCAUUCAACUCUCCUCUGCUAUUGAGUGCUGCUGGAUUCCUCAUUAUUGUCUCUGUUGUCAGGUUCCUCUUAGCCCGCGCCAAGAAGCUUGAUCUACCCGUCGUCGUGGUCCCGGGUGCCGGUGAUCAGCGACAAGCCCUGAUUGAAGGUAGUGAAAGAUAUCCAGAUAGCCCUUUCAUCAUUCAAUCAAAAUCUCCAAUUGUCAUUCUGCCCAGAUCGGUCAUCAACGAGGUCAGGAACCUCCCGGAAGACCAGGCGUCAUUCGCGGAAGAGAUCAGGAUAUCAAUGGCGGAAGAUCAUACCGGUAUCGGGCCGUCCCAGCCAGUCACUCGAGCUAUAAAACACGAUCUUACUAGAAACCUUGCAAGCACUCUGGACGAUCUCCAAGAUGAAAUUGUGUACGGAUUCGAUCAGGAGUUUGGAGCUUGCGAAGAUUGGACCCCGAUAAGCAUCUACGGAAAGUUAACUCGUAUCGUUGCUCUCCUCAGCGGCCGCGUCUUCGUAGGUCGCCCUCUGAGUCGACAAGAGGAAUGGAUACAGACUAGUGUUGAGUACACCUACUACACAAUGCUAGCUAGGGACGCCAUCAUCGCCUAUCCAGCAUUUCUGCGAUCAAUUGUCGCUCCUUUCGUGCCUGAGCUGCAAAAGUUGAAGAAACUCAGAGUCCGAGGAUCGGAGCUCAUGAAGCCAAUUCUGGAUGCUCAGAUGGCAAAAGAGCAGAACGAGAAGAUCCAUCGCGAUGAUACAGAAGACGAGCAAGGGACCAUGAUCUCGUGGAUUCUCAAGCACACGCCCGAGAACAAGCGCCGGGAUGCAUCGGUCCUAGCGAACAAUCAGAUGGGUCUCACGUUUGCAGCAAUUCACACCACCUCGAUGGCUACGACGGCUGCUAUCUACGACUUGGCAACGUACCCUGAAUACAUCCAGCCGCUGCGAGAGGAGAUCCAGCAAGUCCUCGACGAGGACGGCUACGAUCUCGACGGCGACGGAUUCAUGAAGCUCAAGAAAUCAAGCAUACCUAAGCUGUGGAAGCUCGACAGUUUCCUCAAAGAAAGCCAACGGCUGACUCCUCCCGGACUGGUAAGUGGCAAUCGAAUCGUCACGGCCAAGGCCCUCACCCUCUCAACCGGGCACACGCUUCCCAAAGGCACCUUCAUCGGAUUCGGGACGUGGGCCAUCCAGCGAUCGACCACGUCGCCCACCUUCGACCCGGCCCAGAACCCCAGCUGGCGGCCCCUGAACGAGUUCGACGGGCUCCGCUUCUACCAUAUGCGCCAGGUCGCCGGUAACGAGAACAAGCACCAGUACGUCACGACGUCCCCGGACUCGCUCAGCUUCGGCCACGGGAGCCAUGCGUGCCCCGGCCGCUUCUUCGCCGGUAACGAGAUCAAGGUCGUUGUGAUCGAGCUGCUCCGGAGCUGGGACUUCAGGCUCAAGGGCGAUGUUGGUGGGGAGGGGGGUGUGGAGAAGAGGCCGCGAAACCGGUAUACUGGUCUUGCUUGUAUGCCUCAUACACAAGCCGAGAUGGAAUUCAGGAGAAGGACGACGAGGUAG